UUCAGUUCAACACACCCGCCUGACGCUUCGCUCGACGCCCAGGAAGCGAAACACCACACAUCUAUCCCAACAAGUUUAAAAAUGACUAUUCGUUUGGCGUUUUGAUGCGUAUUCUGUCGCGUUUACGUCCCCGUGGUGGUAUUGAGGGAAAUAAUGCUGGAUGGUUGGACUAAUGAAGUUCACUUUGGAUUUCUGCCGGUUACUGGGGCUCAGCGGCUCCAGUGAUGAGAGGCCAGAGGAGAUGGACACAGGCGCCCUCCCCGAGCAGAAUGACCACACACUCUUACAGGAUGUCUUGAAUGGUGAGGAGGGUCUUAGUGAGGAGGAGAAGGCCAGGCGGAAAGCAGAGAGACGCAAAGCCAAAAGGAAGCGUCAACGUCAGCGAAAGAAACUAGAGCGGGGUAAAAAGGAUGAAAGUACUGAACAGGGGGAGGAGAAUGCCGGAGCCGAUUCUGAACUUGACGAGUCUGAGGAUUCUGAGCCAGAGGAAGUGGAAUGCAUUGGCCUUUCAGAAGUGGAAGAGAAGCCAGUUCCUCCUCAAAGCAACAGUCCUUCUGGACCUCCUCUGGCGUCAGGGAACAAAAGCAACCGGCAGCCGGAGGCCCGUUCUAGUGAGGAGGACCCAGGCUGGGAUGUGAACAGUGCUUUUGUUGCCAACGCUGUCAGUCACAUUCGACCCAAAGCUAAAACUAAAGGAGCUCACAAGUCGAAAGAGAACAAGGAAAAUGAGAGCAGGACAGGAGAAGUCAUAGGUUUAUCAGAUGCUAAAACUAAAAGGAGUGCAUUACUAGUAGAAAAAGGGAUUCGAUUUGUUCAGGAGGGUCAGUACACGCAAGCUGUAAGUCUGUUUACAGAGGCCAUCAAAUGUGACCCGAAAGACUACAGGUUUUUUGGAAAUCGCUCUUAUUGCUACUGUUGUCUGGAACAGUAUUCUCUGGCCUUAGCCGAUGCUGAGAAGUCCAUCCAAAUGGCUCCCGAGUGGCCCAAAGGCUAUUACCGCAGGGGAAGCGCACUUAUGGGGCUUAAGAGGUACAGUGAAGCUGAGAGAGCUAUGGAUCAGGUGCUAAAACUGGACCAAGAUUGCGAAGAAGCAGUCAAUGACCUCUUGUACUGUAAAGUACAACAGCUUUUGGAUCUUGGCUUUGAUGAGGAACAGAGUAUUCAACUGCUGGAAAAAUACAACACGGUGCAGGCUGUUGUUACAGCCAAGACUUCAAAUCAGGAUUGUGUUCUUCUCCAACCAGGUCCUUGCAAUUCCUUGUGGGUGGGCAACGUGACCACAGAACUGACAGAGAAACACCUGCGAGACUUGUUCAAAAUUUAUGGAGAAAUUGACAGCAUUCGGGUUCUGCAUGAACGUUUCUGUGCGUUUGUUAACUUUAAGAAUGCCAACAUGGCCUCCCGUGCGAUGGAGAAACUCAAUGGACAUUUCAUCGAGAAUACCCGACUAGUUGUUCGAUAUCCUGAUCGUCGGAUUCAGAGAGUCCUGCCGACACCUGCCAUUCAACAACCUGCAGGGGCUGCUGGGCCGAGACGCAGAGGUCCUGUCAACGGAGAUGAGUGUUACUUCUGGAGGACCACCGGCUGUCAUUUUGGAGAUAGGUGUCGCUAUAAGCACAUUCCCGAUCAUCGAGGCAAAGACUGGCAACCUUGAGUCAACACCAGCCCCUCUUUUUCUCUCCCCUGAGAACUCUGGGAGAAGACUGCAUGACUCUAGGGACUGUAAUCUUCGCUUUGAUUAUCUGUAGGUCAGGACCAGUACUGUGGAUCAGAGUCUUACGACGGCUCUCUUUGAGCGCUUCACUGUCAGACUCCGAACCUCACUGGGUUUUAAAAGCAGACGGGACUCUGGGAAAAGUGUCUCUUCUGAGGUGGGGUUUGGGUGGUGCAGAGUGCCAGAGCAUCCCUGCACCGCAUCGCCGUCUGCUGAGGUUUACACGGCCUCUCAUAUCGUACGCCUCUCUUCUCUCUUCCCGUGCCAACUCCACCAACCCAAAGAAGAGCUGUAGAUCUGGCCUGAGUUCAUUCCGAGAGAGUGACUUUGAUUCCGCAUUUGAGGACGGGAGAAACGUACCAAAGAAUAAUACUAUGCCAUAUGCGGAAUUUACGUUUCGAGAGAAAAAGGCUUUCAGGGAAAGUGAGCUUAUUGGUUUGGUUUGUGUGUUUUGAUUUGUUUCCACCACCUCAGACACACUCCAGCUCUUCGUUCAUCCAUGUUUCCAAGUUGACUUUUUUUUUUUUUUUUUCUCACUAAUUCUCUCAAAAGGCCCCAAAUACAAGGGCAUGUCAGUAUUGCAAAGGGUAAGAGCAAUUAUUUGAAUCUUUAAAAGAAAUGACGUGUCUUGAUGAAUUAUUUUCAAUUCUCCUUUUUGAUUUUUUUUCUUGUCUUGCACUUUACCAUAUCAGAUGAUCUGUGGGUUGUUCCUCUAACGAAACAAAAAGUCUUCUUCCCUCAAGACGAGUAGGGGUUUGGUCACAAUCGUGUUGCUAAAGGUAUUGAUAAUAUGUGGUCAUCAGCGGUAUUUACAUUGUUUUUUUUUUUUUUUGUUUUUUUUUUACAGUGGUAUUUUCCAAUUGGCGUGUCGUUGCCGAUUAGAUAUUAUUUACAUUUAACAUAAAAUAAUGAUUUCACGAUGUGUGAUCACAAACGCAGUUUUGGGCCGUAGAUCAUGUCAUGCUGCUUCACAUGGUUUUCUUGUGCAAGGGCUCUGAGACACAGGAAGCUCUUGCUUUGGCACUUUUCGUACCAUCAGCGCAAAGUUGAUCAGGUGGUUUUCAUCAUUUCCUCUUUUAUUUAACGUUCUUGCUCUUGGUUUUGUGGAUGAGAAGGAAGUUGGCUGCUUGAGAUAGUUCUUCAUGUCUUCCACCUCAUGACAUCAUUUUAACAGCACGCACUUUUUUUUUUUUUUUUUUUUUUUAAGUUAUUGUCGGUAUAAUAAUGAUUUCAUCAAGCGAUUAUUCUUGAUUGCAUUUGAAAACCCUCAUAACCUCGUUGUGCUGUUCUGACACACUUAACCAAAGAAACACUAAUGUUUACCUAGUGUAUACCACAGACACACAUUGCUAUUUUUGUACGAUACACUAUUUACAACGUGUCAGUUAAUGACUUUUCCUCAGUUUUUUUUAGAUAUGACUGCAUGGGUUUUUAUGCAGGCUGUAGCUGCACUAGUGCUUUUAGUUUAGUUGGGCUUCUUCUGACUUUUAUGUGACAGUCCAGAGUGCCUUCAAAAUGUUUGCUUUCCUAUCAAGAGUUAUUUUAGCAUUAAUAUUUAAGCUGAGGUCCCCCAUGAACAAUGGGGAAGUGACUUACUUUAGACUGCGAAUGGAAUAAUACCGAAGUAAUGUGUGUCAAGAGAAAUGUCAAAAUUUUUGGUUUGGGACUGAGGCAUACACUUUUUUUUUUUUAAUGCCUGUAUGUUCAAAUAAAUUAUUAUUUUUUUAUUUUUUUAUUUUUAUUUUAUUUUUUUUUAAGUAUGAACACAGCACCCAUUUCUCUCUGUUGUGCUGCUCAAAGAGCCCUUAAUAGAAUUCAGUCAUGCAUUAAAGAAUAUUUAUCA